AUGCUAUCCACAUUUUUUUUCAAGCAGCAUGGUCUCAUACGACAGGGUGCUCGGUCAUUUGCGAAGAUAACCACGAGAUUAGCGGAAUAUGACGACUCUCUCAUAGAUAACAUCCACAACCCUACACCCUCACUCACACCAGCACAGCUCCAAGAAAAGAUCGAGAAAAUUCCCAUAGAAAACUACAGGAACUUCGUGAUUGCUGCACAUGUUGACCAUGGCAAGUCUACACUUAGUGAUCGUCUCAUGGAACUCACUGGCGUUGUUGAGCCUGGUGGAGCCAAGAAACAGAUCCUGGACAAGCUUGAUGUGGAGCGAGAACGCGGGAUCACAGUCAAAGCCCAGACGGUCAGCAUGAUUUAUCAUUAUCUUGGAGAAGACUAUUUACUUCAUCUUGUUGAUUCUCCGGGCCAUGUCGAUUUUAGAGAAGAAGUGUCCAGAUCGUAUGCCUCGGCAGACGGAGCCGUAUUGCUGGUAGAUGCGUGCGAAGGUGUUAAGGCACAAACUAUGGCAAAUGCAACUCUCGCAAAGACAAUGGACUUGACACUGGUACCAGUGUUGAACAAGAUCGAUUUAGACGGUGCCGAUAUUCCUAAGGUGCAAGAUCAAGUGGCGUCGCUAUUUAGUGUCUCAAAAGACGAUAUGGUCAAUGUUUCAGCUAAGACCGGUCUUUACUGCAAACACAUCCUCCCCAAGAUUGUUGAGAUGGUUCCACAUCCUUCUGGAUGCCUGAAUAAGCCGUUAAGAGCACUGCUGGUGGAUUCAUGGUACGACCCGUACAAGGGUGUCAUCCUGCUCAUGAACAUCGUUGACGGAGAGUUGAAGAAGGGCCAAAAGAUUGUGAGUUGUAAGAACGGAAAAAGUUACGAGGUCAAGGAAGUUGGAAUAAUGUAUCCGGACAGAAUACCAAUGAAGAAAUUGAGUGCAGGUCAGGUUGCAUAUGUUGUUCCUGGAAUGAAAAACUCCAGCGAAGCCUUUGCUGGUGAUACGUUUUAUGCUCUGGGUAAGCGCGUUGAACCUCUUCCUGGAUUUGAGCCACCGCAGCCAAUGGUAUUCGUGGGUGCAUUUCCAGCUCAAGGCGAAGACUUCACCACUCUGGACCAGAGUAUCCAACAUUUGGUCCUAAACGAUUGGUCCGUAUCUCUCAAACGUGAAACUUCCAAUGCCCUCGGCCAAGGCUGGAGAUUGGGUUUCUUGGGCUCUCUGCAUGCUUCUGUCUUUAGACAGAGACUGGAGAAGGAGUACGGUGCAAAGCUGAUUAUCACCGCACCAACUGUGCCCUAUAAAGUCGUAUAUAAAUCGGGGGAAGAGAAGAUCAUCUCCAACCCGGAUGAUUUUCCUGACCUGAAGGAGAAGAUGAAGAUCGACUAUUUGGCCGAGCCAUAUGUCACAGUCAAUAUGGUGAUGCCCGAGGAGUACAUGGAUGUUGCCAAGACGCUUUCCACCAAAAAUCGAGGUGAGCUGUUGGAGAUCAGUCCAUCUAUGAAUUCCCAGGUGAAUAUGAAAUAUGAUUUACCCUUGUCUCAUCUGGUUGAUGACUUCUUCGGGAAACUCAAAUCUGCAACCAGAGGCUAUGCGAACAUGGACUAUCAGGAUGCCGGCUAUAAAAGAUCUGAUAUCGUGAAGCUGGAACUUUUGCUAAAUGGCAAGGGUGUCGAUGCUUUAGCCACUGUGAUGCACAAAUCACAAGUAGAGAAGAACGCGAGGGAAUUUGUGUCGAGAUUGAAGGAAUACUUGAGAAUUCAACAAUUCGAGGUGCAAAUUCAGGCCAAGGCACAAGGCAGAAUUGUUGCCAGAGAAACAAUCAAGGCCAGGAAGAAGGAUGUGUUGGCCAAACUGCAUGCCAGUGAUAUCACCAGGCGUAAGAAGUUGUUGGAAAAACAAAAGCAGGGAAAGAAAAUGCUGAAGGCCACUGGUAGUGUCAGCAUAUCCAGUGAUGCGUACCAGGCCUUCCUGAGACGCAAUUGA